CACAGGAGGGUGAGCUGACCCCCGCCUCAGUAGAGGACUUAUCACGGGACAUUGGAAUUAGUCGUCUUAAGAGCAUUUUCAAGACAGAGAGGAAGGGAAUCUUGUUGAAAAAGUAAACCAGAAUAACAAUGCACACCUGCCUCCGUUUCCCUAUUGCGCUCAGCAACAGUAUCAAGCACUCAAGUCUAAACCAAGCACGCAUUUCGUCCCUCUCUCUCCAAUUGAUUCGAAUCGGAUCUGAUCUAAUUUCCACAUAUGAGCUUCGAUCCUUCCUCAGGAGGCAGCGACCCUCCGGUAUCCACUUUCACGGCAGGGCCCGGGGACAAGCAGAAGGAGAAGGCGAGAGUCAGCAGGACCUCGUUGAUACACUGGCACGCGCACCAAAACAACGUUGCCGCUGUCCGUAAGCUUCUCGAUGAGGAUCCAUCACUUGUCCAAGCACGCGAUUACGACAACUGCACCCCGCUCCGCGGGGCUGCACUCCACGGCUGGAUCGAUGUUGCCAAAUGCCUUGUUGACUGUGGUGCAGAUAUCAAUGCUCAGGAUCGCUGGAAGAAAACGCCUCUCGAUGAUGCAGAAGGAGCUAAAAAACACAGAGUGAUUGUGUUUCUAAAAUCAUAUGGUGGAUUGUCUUAUGGUCAAAAUGGAAGUCAUUUUGAACCAAGUCCUGUCCGACCUCCUCUGCCAAGCAGGUCUGACUGGGAAAUUGACCCUUCUGAGCUGGAUUUCUCAAACUCAACAAUUAUUGGAAAGGGGUCAUUUGGUGAGAUUUUAAAAGCUUACUGGCGUGGAACCCCAGUAGCUGUCAAACGCAUUCUUCCAUCUCUUUCAGAUGAUAGAUUGGUGAUUCAGGACUUUAGGCACGAGGUUAAUUUGCUGGUGAAACUUCGUCAUCCUAAUAUAGUUCAGUUCCUGGGAGCUGUUACCGAGAGGAAGCCCCUUAUGUUGAUUACUGAGUAUCUGAGGGGGGGAGAUCUGCAUCAGUACCUCAAGGAAAAGGCUGUGCUUAGUCCUUCAACUGUCAUCAACUUUGCACUGGACAUUGCCAAAGGAAUGACUUAUCUUCACAAUGAACCGAAUGUCAUAAUACACCGAGACCUAAAACCAAGGAAUGUUCUUUUAGUCAACUCCAGUGCAGACCAUUUGAAAGUUGGAGACUUUGGACUAAGCAAGCUCAUCAAGGUUCAGAAUUCUCAUGAUGUUUACAAAAUGACUGGCGAGACAGGAAGUUACCGGUAUAUGGCUCCUGAGGUUUUCAAGCAUCGGAAAUACGAUAAGAAGGUUGAUGUUUUCUCCUUUGCAAUGAUACUCUAUGAGAUGCUUGAAGGAGAACCACCACUUGCAAACUACGAGCCUUAUGAAGCUGCCAAGUAUGUAGCAGAAGGGCAUAGACCAAUUUUCCGUGCAAAAGGAUAUAUUCCUGAGCUGAAGGAUUUAAUGGAGCAUUGCUGGGCUGCUGACAUGACAAAAAGACCUUCUUUCUUGGAUAUCCUGAAGCGGCUUGAAACGAUCAAAGAAAAUCUUCCAAGCGACCAUCCCUGGCACAUAUUCAGUACAUAAGACACAGUGAGGUAUAUCGAAGUCAUGCUCUGGUUUCUACCAGUAUUUCCUGUACUUGUAUGUGCAGAUGCUGUUGUAAAUACACUUGGCUGUGGAAAACUCUAGAGUCCACGAGAUUCGGUUCAUUUUCAGUCACAAGUUGUGUAGGUGAAUUUUAUUAGAUUCCACACUUUCAGGUCUUCUAUCCUGAUCAGAGGAGAGUGUUCAAAGAAUUAUAUUGAUAUAGAUUGUUUGGUCAUCGGAUUAGGGUUUCUUUACUUUUUCUCCGAAUUGUAAUUUUGUCAGCAAGCCAGGUAAAAGUGAUAAUAAGCAUAUGUUCCACAUCAUUUGCUCUUUAUGUUCUUUUUUCAAACAGUUUAAAUGAGCUUCCAGACUCGUCAGUUGUGUUC